AUGCAUAAUAGGAUAGUAAAGACUAUCGAUAAAUCCGGGGAGGAUCCGGUCGUAGCGGCUUUGAGACCUUAUAGCGCACCAGAUGAAGACGAACCCAAAUUAGAAGCAGUUGAACUGUUUCAGAAAUUGUUUGGAAACUUCUCUGGGAGUAGUCACGCACAAGAGCCCGGUGAAGAUAUUUCUAUACUCGAUCACUUGUACAAUGUAGAACAUAGUUACGACAACAACGAGACUCAAAAGCUGACUAUGGAAGACAUUUUAAGUGCUGAGGCUAACAGAGAUAGCUUAACUAAUGAUUCUUAUAGUGGUUCAGAUAACGCCACUUUUGUGAAGCCGAGUGUACACGAAGAUGUUGUUACUAAAUUUUUAAGGUUAAUAGAAACGCAGCACUUAUUGGGAGAGAACUGUACAGCUGGUACACAUUUGAACUUAGGUGAAGGCGUGGUGGACAGAUACGCUCAAGAGCGGUUUAGGAUAGAGGCCGAAGUGGCAGUGAACAGAGCCAACAUGCUGACAAGAUUGUGGAAGUACGCUGGGCCGGCUGUAAUGCAUAACGAAUACUUGCUCCAUGCCAGCGUCUUCUCCAUGGUGGAGUUUGACGAUGACGUGUUCGCUGCUGGGAACUGCUACGACCAGUAUCAAUAUAAAGAUUACCAACUCUUUUGUCCGUUCGCGUAUCGUCUGCCCGAGGGGCCGAUAUUGGCGAAGGAUCUAGCGGUGGAAUACAAAUAUUUGAGCAACACGUCUGAGUGGUUCUACAUAGCGCGCAAGAACGCGGAGCGCGUGAUACGAAAUCAUAAUCAGUUUAGAAGAGGAUACAACACCUACACGUACAACGAUACUGCCCACACGGAGCGUGAAUUCGACGAGAUUCUUUCCGUGACCUACGAGGACGGGAAAUGGUCGAAGCCUUACUACGAUUGUGGCGGUGGCAACAUAUGGAUGCUGACGUACACCGUGCCAUUCUUCGGAUAUAGCAACGGGACUUAUUUCUUUAAAGGCACUAGCGGCAUCGACAUAGACCUCCGGCGAGUCGACAUAGACCAGUGUCCCUUGAAGCCCGGCUCGACUCAAUUGAACAUCUUUGCUGGAACAGAUAAGUGCAAGAAGAAAACAACUGAGUGCGUGCCGGUGCCUGGCCUCGGCUUCCGGCGCGGCUCGUACCGCUGUGUAUGCCGACGCGGCUUCUACUUUCCCAACACGACCGCUGAACGCCGAUUCUACAACGGGAGCGACAUCGAGGAGGAGUACGAGAAGCAUCUCCUGCACCAAGCGUCUCUGUACUCUGUGGUAGCGACCUUCGAAUGCCUCCCCUGCGCCGAGGGGUGUGAGGCUUGCAUGGACGGCUCGCCGUGCGUGGCGGCCUUGAACUGGGUGGUCAGAAGUUCGAUUUUCGCGUUGGCCUGCUUCGUUAUAUCGUGUCUGCCGUUCAUCGUCUAUUUCACGAUCAAGUACGGACAUGUCAGGGUUGUCCGAGCGGCCAGCCCUGCCCUACUUAGAGUUAUAGUGCUAGGUGCCCUUUUAAUCUACUGUACUACGUUGGUUAUGUACGGGAGGCCUACAGUUUUCACCUGUACCGCCAGAGUCUGGUUGCGGGAAGUCGGUUUUUGCCUCACUUAUGGCGCUCUGAUGCUCAAGACUUGGAGGAUAUCAGUCAUCUUCCAAGUCCGUUCGGCGAAAGCCGUGAAGAUAUCGGACAUGUACCUGCUACGGCGAAUCGGUGUCAUAGUGGGCGUGGCGUGUGUGCUACUCUCCAUUAGGACCCUGGUGGCACCGCCAGCCGUCAUUGUUGGCAGGACCAGGGAGGACCUCAAGGCGUACUUGUGCAACACCGACUGGUGGGAUCACUCAUUCACAACUCUCGAAGUAAUUUUCCUGAUGUGGGGCAUCCGUCUCUGCAUCAUGGUGAGGAAAGCGCCAUCUGAAUUCAACGAGAGUCGUUUCAUAUCAAUGGCCAUUUACAACGAAUUUCUGCUGUCCGGUUUCCUAAAUAUAUCCAUGUUAUUCUUACAAUCUCCAGCAAAUCCAGACCUCCUGUAUAUCAUAUUCUUUUGUCACACACAGCUGACUGUAACAUUGCUACUGUGUUUUAUAUUCGGAAGCAAGGCGUAUAUGGUAUUUAGGGGGCACGGUAAAGAAGAGAGGGAGAAAACGGGAAAAUUCCGAUCACGACCA